GAAGGGAAGGUAUGUCAUAGAAGUAGCUCCAGCUCCAAAAGUAAAAACCUUCAAGAAAUCAAGAAUCAUAAAAUCACCAAUAUCAUUUAAACCAAUCCUCCAUUUUCGCCAUGCCAUUUGUAACCAUAAACGGAAAAUCCAUUUUCUACACCAUAACGCCGCAGACCGGAAACCUGAGUAAUCCCAUUACCAUACUCUUUAUCCACGGUCUUGGUUCCUCUUCUAGUUUCUACCACACGAUUAUCCCUGAGCUUUCUAGACUGUCAACAUGCAUCGCAUUUGAUACGCCUGGAUCAGGACUUUCGAGUCUAGGUGGUCUACCACAAACGGUAGAAUCGAUCACCAAUGAUGCGGUCGCGCUUAUCGAUUCCCUCUCCGGCACGGCGGUUAAUGAAAAGGUUUGGGUGGUGGGUCAUUCGAUGGGUGGGAUGAUUGCGUGUGAACUUGCUAUCCGGUAUCCGCGAGCUGUGAAGGGAUUGAUUUUAUUGGGUCCGAUUGAUCCCAGUCCUGCUCUUAGUGAGAUUUUUACGAAGAGGAUCGCGACCGUUGAGACGGGUAUGUGUAGUUUUGAGUACUGUUAUUCUUUCGGAUCAUUUGGCUGAGUUGUGAUAUAUAGAUGGGCUUGAACCUCUCGCAGAUUCUAUACCCAAAGCUGCUACGGGUUCCAAAGCAUCACAUUCCCAACGCGCUUUUAUUCGGAGUUUGAUACUUGGCACGAGCAGUGCUGGUUACUUAUCUUUAUGUCAGGUUAUAGCAUUGGCUAAGAAACCAGAUUAUGCCAAAAUUCAAGUACCUCUUAUGAUUCUCGCCGGCAGUGAAGAUAAGACAGCUUCUUACGAGGGCUGUGUAAAAAUUCAUGAUAAUUUCGGUGUGUCUGCAGAGAAGAAGUGUAUUCAGGUCCUUCCCGCGGUGGGUCAUUGGCAUGCGAUUGAAGCACCGGAGGCUGUGGUGAGGGAAAUCAUUGAUUUCUUUGAUAAAAAAGAUGAUAUGGAGCGUGAUGAGAGGAGUUAGGAAAAAUAGAGAGGGUUUAGUAGAGCUAGGAUUGAUUGUAUGGAGGUCCAGCUUUACACAAUUUUUAUCUUGUUUAUCUAUGUGGUAGAAGACGAUGUUAAGAUUACCUGACCAAAGCACAAAAUCAAACCAAUAAAGAAAAAGAAUUCAAUUGUUUGACUAUCCUAGUC